UAUGAGUCCACGUAAUCACAUACAGAUGACACCUGGUGUGUCGACGUGGACGAAACCUGACCCUGUCGUCCUCUCUUUCGCCCCUCGCACCGUCUGCCUCCACUCAGCCCACCUCACCUCAGUGCCAGAAGAGAAGAGAAGAAUUGAAGAAAUGUCAAAGCUUUUGUUCCUUCAUACUCCUCACAUCACUUCCAGAAUCCACACCAAAACCUUCUGUUUAAUCGUCAAUCAAACGCUAUCUCCUUUUCCCUUGAAGUACCGCCUCCUCUAUUCUUCCCCUCUCUCCACCGCCCACUCUAAUCUUCACGCGCUCUCUCAAAUUCACUCUAUCCGCCGCUGCUUUUCCCUCCACGCUUUCGACGACUCGCCGUCCGAUGCCAAGACUCAGCAAGAACAACAGCUCAAUGAAGUUGAUACGACCCAAGUCAAAUCGACGGACGAGACUUAUCCGAGCGGAGAGUUUGAGUUUGAGAAAUACGGAGCUUGGAAGAGCUUUAAUAUGAAGCUUCGGAUGCUAAUUGCCUUCCCGUGGGAGCGCAUUCGCAAAGGCAGUGUUCUCACCAUGAAAUUGCGUGGCCAGAUAUCUGAUCAGCUAAAGAGCCGUUUCUCUUCAGGACUAUCUCUACCUCAAAUAUGUGACAAUUUCAUAAAGGCAGCUUAUGAUCCUCGUAUUUCGGGUAUUUAUCUUCACAUUGAACCCUUAAACUGUGGAUGGGGAAAAGUUGAAGAAAUUCGGAGGCACAUUAUGGAUUUCAAAAAAUCAGGUAAAUUUGUUAUUGGCUAUGUCCCUGCAUGUGGAGAAAAAGAGUAUUACCUUGCCUGUGCAUGUGAAGAGCUAUAUGCACCUCCAAGCGCUUAUUUUUCCCUGUAUGGUUUGACUGUUCAAGCAUCAUUCCUUGGAGGUGUUUUGGAGAAAGUUGGAAUUGAACCACAAAUUCAAAGGAUUGGUAAAUACAAAAGUGCUGGGGAUCAACUUGCUCGCAAAACUAUGUCUGAAGAAAAUUGUGAGAUGUUGACGGCUUUGCUUGAUAAUAUCUAUGCAAAUUGGCUGGAUAAAGUUUGUUCCACCAAAGGAAAGAAAAGAGAAGAUCUGGAGAAGUUCAUUAAUGAAGGAGUAUACAAAGUGGAAAAGCUCAAAGAAGAGGGCUUGAUAACAGAUAUACAAUAUGAUGAUGAGGUUAUAUCAAUGUUGAAAGAGAGGCUUGGAGUUCAAAAGGAUAAAAACCUUCCUAUUGUUGACUACAAGAAAUACUCAGGAGUCAGGAAAUGGACUCUUUGUUUAACAGGUGGGAAGGACCAGAUAGCUGUAAUCAGAGCCUCUGGAAGCAUUAGUCGUGUACGCAGUCCAUUAAGUUUGUCUAGUUCGGGUAUCGUUGGGGAGCAACUCAUUGAGAAAAUUCGUAGUGUGAGAGAGUCCAAAAAAUAUAAAGCUGCUAUCAUCCGCAUAGACAGCCCUGGAGGUGAUGCUCUUGCUUCUGAUUUAAUGUGGAGGGAAAUCAGGCUCUUAGCUGAAUCAAAACCUGUUAUUGCAUCAAUGUCUGAUGUAGCAGCAAGUGGAGGAUACUAUAUGGCAAUGGCAACAGGUGCCAUUGUUGCUGAAAGUUUGACCUUAACUGGUUCAAUUGGAGUAGUCACAGGGAAGUUCAAUUUGGGGAAAUUGUAUGAAAAGAUUGGCUUUAAUAAGGAGAUCAUAUCAAGGGGAAGAUAUGCUGAGCUCCUUGCAGCUGAACAACGACCUUUUAGACCUGAUGAGGCAGAACUUUUUGCUCAGUCUGCCCAGAAUGCAUAUAAGCAAUUUCGGGACAAGGCAGCUUUUUCAAGAUCAAUGCCCGUGGAUAAAAUGGAAGAGGUUGCGCAAGGUAGAGUCUGGACUGGUAAUGAUGCGGUUUCAAGAGGUCUAGUUGAUGCUAUUGGUGGGUUUUCUCGAGCAAUUGCCAUGGCAAAGCAAAAGGCCGGUAUACCUGAAGACAGACAGGUUACUCUUGUCGAGAUGACAAAGCCAUCUCCUUCGCUACCGGAGAUCUUAAGUGGUCUGGGGAAUUCCAUAGCUGGAGUGGACAGAACAUUGAAGGAACUGCUACAGGACUUGACAUUUUCAGAAGGAGUUCAAGCCCGAAUGGACGGGAUAUUGUUCCAGAGAAUGGAAGGCCUUUCUUAUGGUAAUCCCAUUCUGACUCUAAUCAAAGACUAUCUCAGUUCCCUCUGACCUUUGUUGGCUAAUCACUGCCUUGAUAAUUGUUGUUACUCUAUUUGAAUGGGAAUCCAUUUAUUGUUGGGUGAGUUAUUCCUAAAAGAGGCGAGCCGUCGUCAUUAUUGUAACAUUUCUGCUUGUGCUCUGUAUAGUGUAUACAGGCCUUGAAUUCAUGAAUACCAAUAUUUUUAUUACAGUAUACACAUUCCGGCCAUGGAAAUUGGAAAUA